UUCCCUGCAUUGUUUACCUCUUUCCACGGAGAUCGCUCUGUGCAGCAUCAUAAAAACCCCAACUCCCACUUCCAUCCCACUUCAACGCAACACCACUCACCCUCCUCUCGCUCAUCACUCUCCCAACCAACUCCACCACACCCUAGUAUCAGCGGGCAGCCAUGGGCGGCGCCACGGAGGAUUGCUCCUCCGGCUCCGAGACCACCACGUCGUGCUCCGCGGAGAUCCAGGCCUCGCCGCCGUCCACCACCGCGUCGUCGUCCAACUCCAAGACGAAUAAGCGGGCGCGCAACGACGGUCGUCACCCGACGUACCGCGGGGUGCGCAUGCGGAGCUGGGGGAAGUGGGUGUCGGAGAUCCGGGAGCCCCGCAAGAAGUCCCGCAUCUGGCUGGGCACCUUCGCCACGGCGGAGAUGGCGGCGCGCGCGCACGACGUGGCCGCGCUGGCCAUCAAGGGCCGCGCCGCGCACCUCAACUUCCCGGACCUCGCCCACGAGCUCCCGCGCCCCGCCACCGCCGCGCCCAAGGACGUCCAGGCGGCCGCUGCGCUCGCCGCGUCCGCCGACUUCCCGGCCUCCGCCAAUGCCGGCGCCGCAGCCGUCAAGAGCCCCGACGGCCCGGAACCGGAAGUCAGCGCGGCCGAUUCCGCCUCGCCACCGCCGCCGCCGCCGGACGCCGGCGACGACGCGCUGUUCGACCUCCCCGACCUGCUCUUCGACCUCCGACACUGCCCUCCCUCCUGCCAGCUCUCAUGCGCCUCCUCGUGGGACGACGACGGCGACCUAGCCAUCGCGGGCGCCGGCGCGGCUGCGUUCCGCCUCGAGGAGCCGCUGCAAUGGGAAUACUAAAACCAGCGCCAUCAUCAAUCAAUCAAACCGUGCCGCUUCCAGCCGCCGCCGCCUUAGCUUCAUGUCCAUGCUCGUAGGUCCUCAUCCACAUUGGACCAGAAAUCGUGCGUGAACCAAAGAAAAGGAACCAAGACCAGCGACCAGCGCUGCAUCUGCCUGCGUUGCUACAUUUAGGAAGCAGAGCAUGUACAAAAUUAGUAGCUUUUGCUGCCUUUAUCGUAGGAGUAUUUGCUUUGCUUGGAUUGUGGGGCAAGAAUAUGCUGUGUGCAACAACAAUUAACAGCGGCGCAUCUCCUUUUGUUCGUCC